CGGAAACUGAAGAGGGAAAAAAAUAUCUAUUAUCUACUACGAUAAGUGCUAAAGAAUGGAUGUGAGAUGAGUGGCGGUUGAGAAGGAUCACUCAGAUUUUUCAAGCAAGACAAACCUCAGUUCUCAGGUCUCUCCGUUUACCAAUCUUCUUCAAGGUAAGAACCUUGAACCCAUUUCUCUAUGUUGGUGGAAAUGCAAGUUCAGUACCCAAAUUGCAGAAGAAUGCCGUAGCUAUCCUCUACUGCACUUCUUCGCUGUAGGAUAGAAACUAAUUUGUGGAGUGGUACUCAAAUGUCUUCUUGUUCUUUUUCUGAAUUUUGGUUCUGGGUUUCAAGCGUUGGGCAUUUGGUCUGCAGCAGAUGACUAGUGGGGAGUGCCCCAAUUGCAAUUCCAGCUGGUUUCUUGUUGAGCCAUUUGUGGAGUUAUAUUCAAUGUCUUCUGGUUCAUUUACUGCGUUUUUGUUCUGGGUUUCUUUUCCCACUACUAAAUUUGUUUGAAAGAAAUGCAAGCUUUAGGCAUUUGGGCUGCAAAUGGUGACUUUUGGGGAGUAUCCCAAUUGGAAUUCGAUCUGGGUAUUUCUUGUUGUGGUUCAAGUACAAGAAGAAGGAAAAAACUAUGGAAUCCUGGUUGCCCGUUUUGUCCCAACUUCAAUUUUCCUGGAAAAUUGGGGUUGGGACAUGGGUUUUCCUCUGUGUGCCCAAAAUUCGAAGUUCGGCUCUUUCAUGGGCCAAAGAGGGAUUCUUUAAGUGAUUCUGUUGCAUUGGCUUGGGCAUUAACGGACCAAGAAGCAGUAGGGAAUGAGUUUGUGAAAGAAAAUUCAAAUUCAGUAAAUGGGCUAUCAGAAAAAUCUGAAAGGGAGAAGGUGAGUUGUCUUAAUUUGGAUUAUGAAGUGAGAGAUAGCUAUGAAGAUGGUGCUUGUGAAGGAAAAGAAGUAGAUUCACAAAAUAAGGAAGGAAUUGAAAAAGAGAGUAGAAUUGAUGUUCGGGUGCUGGCAUUGAGGUUAAGAUUUUCUAAAACUGCAGAUGAUGUGCAGGAGGUUCUAAAGGAUGAGGGGGAAGUGCCCCUUCAAGUGUUCUCAACCAUUAUUAAAGGUUUUGGCAAAGACAAGAAACUUGAUUCUGCAUUUGCUAUUGUUGAGUGGCUUAAGAGAAGGAAGAAGGAAACUGGUGGUGCUAUUGGUCCUAACCUUUUCGUCUAUAACAGUCUUCUGGGUGCAAUGAAACAAUCUAAACAAUAUGACCAAGUGGAGAGAGUCAUGAAUGAUAUGGCCAUGGAAGGUGUUGUUCCUACUGUUGUAACCUACAACACGCUAAUGGGAAUUUACUUGGAGAGAGGACGAGCUUCAGAAGCCCUUGAUUUUCUUGAGGAGAUUCAGAAGAAGUGUCUGUCUCCAUCUCCCGCAUCUUAUUCUAUAGCUCUAUUGGCUUAUCUUCGAGUCGAAGACGGGUUUGGAGCUCUAAGGUUCUUUGUUGAAUUAAGAGAAAAGUAUCUAAAAGGUCAAAUUAGAGGAGAUGCUGAUGAAGAUUGGGAAAAUGAAUUUGAUAAGCUUGAGAACUUCACUAUUCGUAUUUGCUAUCAAGUGAUGCGGCAGUGGCUUGUGAAGGGUGACAACUUCAGCCCUAAUGUGCUGAAGCUUAUUACAGAAAUGGACAAGGCACAGGUUCAGUUGGGUCGGGCUGAACAUGAGCGCCUUGUGUGGGCAUGUACAAGAGGAGAACAGUAUAAUGUGGCAAAAGAAUUAUAUAACAGAAUAAGAGAAAGGCAUUCUGAUAUUAGCUUGUCUGUAUGCAAUCAUGUGAUCUGGCUGAUGGGGAAGGCUAAAAAGUGGUGGGCAGCUUUGGAAAUUUAUGAAAAUCUAUUGGAUAAGGGACCAAAGCCUAAUAAUUUAUCAUAUGAACUGAUUGUUUCCCAUUUCAACGUACUACUCACUGCAGCUAGGAAAAAGGGAAUUUGGAGAUGGGGUGUGAGAUUGCUCGACAAGAUGGAAGAUAAAGGUCUAAAACCUGGAAGUAGAGAAUGGAAUGCAGUUCUCAUAGCAUGUUCCAAAGCUUCUGAGCCUACUGCAGCUGUGCAGAUAUUUAGGAGAAUGGUGGAGAAAGGUGAAAAGCCCACAAUUAUAUCCUACGGAGCAUUGCUUAGUGCCCUUGAAAAAGGGAAACUUUAUGAUGAGGCCUUUCGAGUGUGGGAACAUAUGAUUAAAGUGGGUGUUGAGCCAAACUUGUAUGCUUACACAAUAAUGGCUUCGGUCUGUGUUGGGCAAGGGAAGUUUAAUAGGGUUGACUCCAUCAUUCGAGAGAUGGCUUCUUCUGGGAUUGAACCUACAGUAGUCACAUAUAAUGCAAUUAUCAGUGGUUGCGCACGGAAAGGGAUGGGCAGUGUGGCUUACGAAUGGUUUCACCGGAUGAAAGUCCAAAACAUCACUCCAAAUGAGGUUACAUAUGAAAUGCUGAUUGAGGCACUUGCUAAGGAUGGCAAACCAAGGCUUGCCCUUGAGUUUUAUUUGAGGGCUCGCAAUGAGGGCCUGAAUCUUGCCUUGAAGGCGUACGAUGCAGUCAUUCAAUCAUCACAAGUCAAUGAUGCUACAAUUGAUGUUAGUGUUUUAGGCCCUCGGCCUCCUGACAACAAGAAAAGAGUAGAAACUUGAAGAACUUUGUUUCAAUUCUGUAAUUUGGCUGAUGUCCUUGGAGAAGUAAGCCGUUUGAUAAAGAGGAAAUCUACAGUCCUCAAGCAGAAGGAAGCCUGACCUUACAUGUUGGAGCAUGAUUGGAAUAGGCAA